AAUGGUCUAUGGGUACUAGUCGUUAAUCCAAGAUGGCGGCGCUCAGGGUUCAACUCAAUCUUGUCGGAUUUGGACGACGAUUUAGUCGAAUUUUUAACAAUGGACAAAGAAUAAGGUUCGAGAGUAGCUUUAAGAGAUCAUUAGCUGAAGAAGAAAAGCAUGCUGAGGGAACACUGAGUAACUGGAAGAAAAUUUCAUUGUUUAUAGCCAUUCCAACUACGCUGCUUAUUGGUUACAAGGCAUUUUUUGUUGAUCAUGAAGGACAUCCAGAUCCUGGAAAAUAUGUUCCAUAUUCGCAUAUCCGCAUAAGGAAUAAGGCUUUUCCAUGGGGAGAUGGUGACCACUCAUUGUUCCAUAAUAAACAUGUCAAUUUUGGUUUUGAAGAAUCAGAAGAGGAGGAACCAGAAGAAGGGGCCGCUGAACCAAAGGAAGAUCAUUUUAUAACUAAAUUUAUAGUAGAUUACUUGAUGGAUGAUCCAGAGGACAAUAGGAGGAGAAAAAAUGAGCACAUGGCACUGAUAAGACACAGAAGUAUUGAAUAUUUGGAGAUGAAGAGAAAGAAGAAGUACCCACCAGAACCAAUUGACUUGGACGCCAUCUUGGCUGCAUCGUCAAGAGACAAAGAACUAGGUGUAGAUGGCUACUAAACCCUUAUUAGAGAUAAAAAUAACAGCUGGGCAUGAUAACUAGCCAAAUCAGACUGACCAACAUAGGACCAGUUAAGAGUACCUGGCCUAAGAGACAACUGCAAAUGGACUGCUUUGACUAUACAGCAGCCAUCUUGGAUCAUAAGGCAUCAUGGGGUAACCAGGGGGCAAAUAAAGCUUUGUUACAGUAAUGACGUUUUAUUAACAGCUCACUACAAGUGAGGUACAACGAAAGUUCAAUUAAGACAGCACAUCCAUCACCUCUACCCAUUAAAGAAAGACACAGAGGCAGAACUCUUUGGACGGAAUACUUGCCCCCUGGCAAGCUGGCUGCAGUAUUGUCAAAGUAGUCCAUUUUGGCCAGGCAUUUUCUGAUGAAAUGGUUGUUAUUUUUUAUCCCUGAUUUUUGUUUACUUGUUAUAUAGCUGCUUUGUGUGGCCUUGUAAUCCUUAAUGUUAAAAUAAAUAUUGAUUAUCCAUUGUA